AUUUGUGACAAAACAAACUACCCAUACGCACACACCCCAUUAUCGACAUCAUCGUGUAUCGCACCACCAGCCGCGCGCACAGUCCGCCCGAUUCAAGUGCUUCCAGUAUGGAAAAACAGUCGGGCAGGGCGAAGAACAAAAGUAGUAGUAGCACAACGAUCGGUGAAGCAACUACAGAGAAAUUACACACUGCGUCUGUUGCUGGUGCUAGCGUGGAAGGAGGCGUAACCGGGACGGAUAGCAGCACAGUGUCCAAGAAGAACACUCAUCCCGAUAGUACUUCCGGGAACUUGUCGCCCGUCCAGCUGCUGCAAUCAGCCGACACAUCGCCGCAGCUGGGCACGACAAAGUCCGAGGACAGUCUGAGCAUCAAAUCGUCCGACUCCGUAACGACGAGUGGUGAGUACGAGAUCGUCCCGGAAGCACCAUCACUCGGGGAGGAUCUGGUCGACGCACCAGCAUCCGUACAGUUCGGCAGUGAACCGAUUCGCAGUACCGCAGCCAAUGGCAACCCGGGCGGGGACAUUGGUGCUGAUUUAGCUGAGUGUAUUGCAGACGACGGAGAAUCCGGGGAGAAGGAGUCGGUCAAGAAGCGAGCGGUAGAGGCGAAAAAAUUGACCGCAAUCUCACCGAUACUGAACAUCGAGGGAAACGGCAAUAUGAUGGAUCUGGAGAAGAACAUGAACGAGGUAAUACACGAGCUGGAGGAGGAGCGCACACUUAGCGGGGCCAGUGAACCGAGCUCUUCAAACAAAGCAACACCGGUCCGAAGUCCCGCUAAUCAAAGCUCCCAAAAUCAACAUGGCGUCGAAGAGGGAGAUGGCGCUAACUCCAAGAAACCACAAGUUCCGACCACUCUACGCCUUGGGCUUCAAAGUAUGCGAGCAAACUUCACGAUCGGUGGCGGAGAAGGUUCUACAGACACCACGCCAAACGCACUACUCUCCCCGGAAGGGAUCGGUCGUGGUGUCGGUCAAUCCGUGUUCUACGAUUGUCUCGACAGCAGUCCACUGACCGAGAAGAAGGACGAUAUGAAGCCGGUGGGAGGUGCUGCUGCUGUUGCUGCGGGCGAAACCGACGAAGAGCUGUCCGAUAUCGAUCAGGAUUGUACGAUAUUUAGUGGCGUAACGUAUCUCGGAGCAUCACGCAUCAAUGCACCGAAAUCGGAGCGUGAAAUCCUUCAGAAGGUGACCGAAAUGAAUGGUGGCGGUGUUGGUGGUGGCAGCUGCACAGGGAUGGGCAGUGGAUCGGACAGUCCACUCGGGCUGAAGGUGUCCGUAAGCAUUCCCACCUGCUCCGAGGGUCUCGUUGUGUUGUACGAUUGUGAGUCGCAUGCGGUGGUGGCAACGUACGAGGUGCAGCGGAUACUGUUCUUUGCCCGCGGGCCGGUCGGUACAGCCGAUCAGGCCUGCUUUGCCUUCACCUGGUCCCAUGGGGAAUCACAGGAAACGGCCGUCCAUCAGUGCCAUGUGUUUCGCUGUAACAUCCCGGAAGCGGUCACGCAAGUCAGCACAUGUUUUGCGAAAGCUUUUCAACGCGUGCUCCCACCCAGCAUACCGGCCAGCAUGACCACAUCGCUCGCCGAAAGCGGUGCCAACGUCAUGCUGUCCUCCGUCACAUCCGAUACCGCCGGCAAUCCGAUCCAAUCGGCCAUGUACGAGUUUGCCGUUUCGGUCGAAAUUAAAGAGAAGGAAAGGAACAGCAGCUACGUCACGGUACCGCGUGACGUCAAGUCCAGCUUCCGAUUGCGCUCCAAAACGGACAAGGAGGUGUGCAUCACCGUGCGCCAGGUUCCGUCCGAUCGGUUCCCAUCGUUGCUAAUCGAACGAUGCUUUGGAGUGUUGCUAAGCCCUGGUCGAAUAGUUCGACAGGCCGAUAUGCAGCUACUCGAUAUGGUUAGCAUGGGGUACGUAAAGCCACUGGAUGGAGGUGCUAAUUCAGCCUCGAAUGGUCCCGGAAAUGGUAGCAACACUGGUGCUAAUACUGCCUGCAACAGCAACAAUACCAGCGGCACCGGUGGAAGCGUCCCCAGUCCGGCCAAUUUUUCCCAGUUCCCGUAUCAAAUAAAGGCCGAAUGGAAAGCGCACGCCUUCGAGCCACUUAACAUGGAAACGCCCAAAAAAGCGCUCACCGUAGCCGUCGAUCUAGUCAUCAAGGGCAUUCAGGAACCGGUCCGAUUCGUCAUCGAAACGUCCGUCGCGAUUCUUUCGCAAAGCGAGCUGCGGAUCGUGCCGAACAUGUUUACGAACAAGCGGCCGUUGCUGUUGCACUACUAUCUGACGUUGCGUGAAAACGGCGAAGGCACCUGGGAGGUGGAUUCGAUUGAUCAUUCGGAUGAGAUCGUAGAACCGCAGGCACCGUCCACCACGUCUUCGUUGUCGUUAAAUUUUAACUUCAAAAAUUGGACCUUCCGCAAUUCGGCCAGCGUACAGUCGAUGCAGGACUUUGACGAGCCGAGCCCGACCGACUACAGCUCGGAUGGGGACGAACCGUUGCUGAGUGGAACGGGUGAGGUGUCGAGAAAUUGUACGGCCGCCCAGCUGGAUGAAUGGCAAGGUAUUAUACUGGAAUGGUACCAGGAAGGGCCGGAAAAGCGACCAAGAAAUCUUCCCAACCUAGUACGGAUGGGCAUUCCGGAACCGUUGCGUGGUACGGUUUGGCAGCGGUUGGCUUGUGUGGAAAAUCGUACCGAAAUGUUCGACUCCUAUCGGGUUCUAAUUACGAAGGAAACGAGCUGCGAAACGGUGAUCCAGCGCGACAUUAAUCGGACCUUUCCGGCGCACAAGUUUUUCAAGGAAAAUGGCGGCACGGGACAGGAGAAUUUGUACAAGGUGUCAAAAGCGUACGCCGUGUACGAUACGGAGGUGGGAUACUGUCAGGGUUUGAGCUUCAUAGCGGCCAGUUUGUUAUUGCACAUGCCAGAAGAGGAAGCAUUUUGCGUGCUCGUAGCUCUAAUGUACAACUACGGUCUCCGGGAUAUGUACAAGAUGGGUUUCGAAUCGCUCUACCUACGCCUGUAUCAGCUAAACCGGCUCAUGAAGGAUCAGCUGCCCGAUUUGUACGAACAUUUCGCCCAGAUGGGUGUGGAAUCGCACAUGUUUGCCAGCCAGUGGUUCCUGACCCUGUUUACCGCCCGCUUUCCACUGUACUUUGUGUUCUACAUCUUGGACGUGUUCCUGCUCGAUGGUAUACCGGUGCUGUUUCAGGUCGCACUUACGCUGCUGAACGUUUGCCGCAAGGAUCUGCUGGAGCUCGAUUUCGAGGGCAUACUGAAGUACUUCCGUGUGACACUGCCGAAGAAAUGUCGCAGCGAAACGCAGGCUAAGAAGCUGAUGAAGCUUUCGUUCGAGUGUAAGGUAAAGAAGCUGAAAAAGUACGAGCUAGAGUAUCUGGCCAAAAAGGAAGAAACGGAACGGAAGGAACAGGAGCUAAAGCAGUACGAGGCGCGUUACGGCGAGGAACGGUCAAAAUUGCAGCAGGAAAUUGCGACACUGAACGAGAAGAUUGAGGCAAUGGCACGAGAAGAUCGUAAGAAUGCUGGCAUUAUACAGGAUUACAAGCGGAUUAUUCAACGGCAGGAGGCAGAGAAUGGAAAAUUGCACACCAUGCUGGAUGAUCUUACGAAAACGAUUUCAACAUGCAGCAAAUGUACGGCUAGCAUACCACAAUCGUCUCCGCUCCACAAAAGCUACGGCAAAAACUUCCAGCAGGCAAACACGGUGAACAAUAAUAACGAACAACAUAAUCAUCCGCUUGCUGCGCUUGACCAUCCGGACGGUGGAACAGGCCCAACGGGCAUGACCGGUGGCAAAGGAUCAGCUGGUGCUUCCGCUGUAAUUGGAGGCCUAGGACCGCUCGAUCCGUUGGUAAUUGCAUCGCAGCGGAUACGUGAACUGGAGCUCGAAUUGGCACAAACAAAACUGGCGCAGGUUGAGGCCGAGUGUAAGAAUCAGGAUCUUCAUCACCAGCUAAACACAACCGUUACCGAGCUGCAAGCGACCCGUAGCAGCUGGCAACCCUGGCUCUCAAAGACACUGAACUCGAUACAGGAAAAAGUGGUCACAAAACGCGACGUUAAUCCUCCCGCUCCAACGUUCCAGUCGUAUGCAUCGAUGGCGGAUGGAAGUACAAAGAAUCACUCCAACACGCUGCCCCACGUCCGCAACAACAACCAUAAACCCACGCUAGCACAGCGGCACAGUCUGGCGCAGGUGAACUUCCCCGGAUCGGAUAGCACCUCCAACUCCAGUGCGACCGAUGCGGACGGAAACGGUGAUCCACAGGUGCUUGCGAGAGCAAAGUAUGACAGCAGCGUUAACAUACUGUACAAGGAUACACGGUGCAAUAGCUUGAAGUAGAU